AUGAGGGUCAGAACAAAUUUUCCUCUUCUAUUCUUAUUCACAUAUUUUCUUUCUUCAAUACUUUCAAGUGCUCAAACACCACUCAAGAAUCAUGUUUCAGCUCGUUUACUUGAUGCAAAUCUUCAAGAAUGUGCUUUUAAGUCAUUUUCCACACCAAAAACAGGUGUACCUUAUGAUGCUAAUGUACCCUCCAACUUAACAGGGAUUAAAGUUUCAGCAUUGAGGCUUAGGAGUGGAAGUUUGAAAACAAGAGGUUUCGAAAGGUACAAAGAAUUUGAGAUCCCAAAAGGGGUUAUUGAAAAACCUUAUGUUAAAAGUGUUACAUUGGUGUAUCAAAAUUUAGGUAAUUGGUCUCAAAAAAUUUACCCUUUAGAUGGUUAUUCAUAUUUAGCCCCUAUUCUUGGUUUAUUAGCCUAUGAUGCAACAAAUUUGUAUGCUUCAAAGUUAGAUGAAUUGGAAUUAAGAGCAUCUAGUGAGCCAAUUUUGGUUAAGUUCCCUUAUGUAAAAAAAUCACCACAAUUUGGGGUAUUACCUAAGUGUGUGUAUUUUGAUUUGUAUGGUUAUGUGAAGUUUGAUACUUUAUUAAAUGGAAAUGUUUGUUCAAUAUUUCAACACGGACAUGUUUCAAUUGUUGUGGAAUCAAAUUCAUCAACAACAAUUCCUAGUGAAAGUGGUCGUGGGAAUAAAAAAUUUAAGUUGAGGAUUUUGAUUUCAUCUUUGGUUGUUGGGAUUGUGUGGGUGAUUAUAUUGGGUCUAGUGAUAAUUAGAAUUAUACAAGCUAAAGAAGAGAGAAAGAUUAAGCAAUUGGAAUUGGAAAUUGAUUGCAAUAGAACUUGGAAUAUAUCAUCUAUUGGUGACACCAAAGCACCUUUGGCAUUAGGGACUCGUACAAGACCAAUGAUUGAAAAUGAUUAUGUUCCUUAG